UAUGGCUUAUGUAAGAAGAAGAAUGCAUUACACUGAACAAAGAUAUACUACAAAUGAGGAAAUAGAAGCUGCCUACGUGGCUGACCAUUGGCACAGCGACCCCGGAAAAUUUGGAUUUGCGGUUAUUAGCGAUCGGCUUCGUCAAAUGGAGGUUUACAACGACUGCAAUCUUGUUAUUGGUGAAGUUCCAGAAGAUCUGAUUGAGGCUUUUUACGUUUAUGCUGAUAGACUGAAGAUGCAUUUCUCAUUUUAUCAAACGAUUACGGUCUACUGCGUGCCACAAGGAACGUUGCCGUUUGUUAUGAGAGAAGAACCAGCUAUAAGGCAAUUUCUCAAUGUUUCAAUUGAAGUUGUCAAUCCCUGUGUUUUCAGUCGCGUUUUAUUACGGGGAACUUUACGUAAUAUUAAAAAAUCGAUCGCUCAUAUCGAAAUUAUACUAUUUCAAGUUUGGAAAUCAAAGAGCAUUUAUCCAAAUUUCUUCAUCUAGCGCCAUCUUGUGAUUGGAUUGAAUAUUAAAGUUUAGGCAUGCUUUCAUAAAAAUAAGCGGUUGAAUUAAUAACUAUUUGAUAUAUUAUCUUGUGCAUUAUAUUAAUCUUUUUCGUUAGUCUGAUAAUUCGUACAAAUAUUUUGUUUCUUAUGAACGUUAUUUGUGUUUUCUAAGAUAUCGUAUAUAAAAUGGGAAUGGGGUAUUGUAAUAAAAAUCUUUGCGGGCUUAUUACGAAUAGAAUUGUCUAUAGAAUUGCAUGCACUAUCGAAAUCCUGAAAAUUAUCUUGAUAUUUCUGUAAAUUAUGGAAGAAAAUUUUGACCUAUUAAACAG